GGGCAGCUUGUGCAGGGAAACAGGAAGGAGCUAGAAAAGAGCCACCUCUGCCCUUCCCAACUCCAGGAAGAAAGAGCAUGGAGGAGUAUAGUGGCUGAUGCAUUGUGAUGCCAGUGGGGUUUGCUGAGCUCCUCCAGCUGUAAAUGGCCCUGGUAUCUCGGAUCCUCUGAAAUCUAGCGUGCUCUGCGGAAACACUCUAGGCCAGCCCUCUGUCUCCCACUUCUCUCUCUAUUAGCAUUCUAGACGGCUCUCGAGCAUCAGGCGCUCUGUGGUCUGACGGGCGGAAUGUUCUGGGUUCUGUGUUGCCUUGGUAGGGAGGGGACGCAUCCUGGAGUUCUGUUCCAUCUGCUGCAAUGCUGCUUUCUGCAGCUGUCGGUGACUUGAGUCAUUAGACACAGACUGUUCUGUUCACUUGGAUUUUAGUAGAGUUUUAUUCUUUUAUUAAUGACUAAUUCUUUGAAAAAGAUAAUUUAUAGUACAUACAGGGGUUUUUGCUUAGCCAGACUGUUAGAUUAACUCAAGCACCUGAUUUCUCCCCCAAGUCUUGCUGAUUAAGUAAAAUAAUGUAGUGUCUCUCUAAAGCAUCUAGCUUGUUGAUUUUACAGAUGUGGAAACUGAGACCCAGGAAUCCUCAUAUUCAAAAGGGCAGAAAGCAUCAGCUGGAAUUCCAUCAGGUCAUUGACAGUCCAGGACUCAGAGGAUGUUAGACCUAGUAGUACCUCAGGGACCAUCAAUCCAAGCGCCUGGUUGAUGAAUGGUGCCUGUUUAAACCAUUGUGUGACUCACAGUUAGGCGCUGAUUGUGUUUAUUUUUAUGAAAUUCCCCAGGGGGUGGUGUUCGCUGAGAGUCAGCCCAGGGCCGGGCAUGCUCAGUGGCCACUGCGCCCCGGAGACAUCACCCAUCCUGCCCUUGACCCGGACGCGCAGCCUCAUGGCCAUGUCCCUGCCCGGGAGCCGACGGGCCUCCGCUGGAUCCCGCAGGCGCACGUCCCCACCCGUGAGCGCGCGGGAUGCGUGCGGCACCUCUUCCCUCAGCAGCAGCAGCAACUCCGGCUCCUGCAAGGGCAGCGACAGCAGCCCCACCCCCAGGCGCUCCAUGAAGUACACGCUGUGCAGCGACAACCACGGCAUCAAGCCCCCCACCCCGGAGCAGUACCUGACCCCGCUGCAGCAGAAGGAGGUGUGCAUCCGGCACCUGAAGGCGCGGCUGAAGGACACGCAGGACCGGCUCCAGGACCGGGACACCGAGAUUGACGACCUGAAGACACAGCUGUCCCGCAUGCAGGAGGACUGGAUCGAGGAGGAGUGCCACCGCGUGGAGGCCCAGCUGGCCCUGAAGGAGGCCCGCAAGGAGAUCAGGCAGCUCAAGCAGGUCAUCGACACCGUCAAGAACAACCUCAUCGACAAGGACAAGGGGCUGCAGAAGUACUUUGUGGACAUCAAUAUCCAGAACAAGAAGCUGGAGACGCUGCUGCAUAGCAUGGAGGUGGCCCAGAACGGCCUCACCAAGGAGGAUGGCACCGGGGAGUCGGGCGGUGGCUCACCCGCCCGCUCCCUCACCCGCAGCUCCACCUACACCAAGCUGAGUGACCCGGCCGUCUGCGGCGACCGCCCGCCCGGCGACCCCUCCAGCACCUCCGCCGAGGACGGGGCUGAUAGUGGCUUCGCGGUGGCCGAUGACACGAUGAGCCGGACGGAUGUGCUGGAGGCCAGCAGCCUACUGUCGUCGGGGAUGGACUGUGGCCUCGAUGAGGCCUCGCUGCACAGCUCCUUCAGCCUGGGCCCCCGCCUCCCUGCCAGCAAUACCUCUGAGAAGCUACUGUAUGGCAUGGAGGCCGGCGUGCAAGCCAGCUGCAUGCAGGAGCAGGCCAUCCAGACGGACUUCGCACAGUACCAGCCCGACCUGGACACCAUCCUGGAGAAAGUGACCAAGGCCCAGGUCUGUGGGACAGUCCCCGAGUCAGGGGACGGGCAUACGGAGCUGGGUCCCCGACCCCUGGGGCCCAGGGACCCCAACGCAGCAGUGGUGGUGACAGUGGGUGACGAGUUUGAAGCCCUGGAGCCCAUCACCCGCGGGCCGGCCCCACACAAACCUGGUGCCAACCCCAACCCCGGCCUGUCAGUGAGCGUGGCCUGCCCCAUGGAAGAGGAGGAAGAGGCAGCUGUGGCCGAGAAGGAGCCCAAGAGUUACUGGAGCCGCCACUACAUCGUGGAUCUGCUGGCCGUGGUGGUGCCGGCCGUGCCCACGGUGGCCUGGCUCUGCCGCUCCCAGCGGCGCCAGGGCCAGCCCAUCUACAACAUCAGCUCCCUGCUGCGGGGCUGCUGCACCGUGGCCUUGCACUCCAUCCGCAGGAUCAGCUGCCGCUCGCUCAGCCAGCCAGGCCCGGGCAGCAGCUCCCAGCUCUGAGGGCCUGGCCCAGCCAGCGGCUCGAGCGGCCUGACCACUGAUUGUAUGGGUGCCGCUCUCCCUCUCACACGUCCCCGUGGGGCAUCAUCUUAUUUAUUUCAUUUUGGGUUUGGUGGUGUUUUUUUCAGGUUUUUUUUUUCAGUGGGAGCUGAGGGUAGAAUUGGGGGCAAGGCAUCCUGCAGCUUUGACAGAAAACAAAGGGACACCACAGGCAGGGAGGUGCACUGGUUGAGCAGACUGCAGAGAGAGAAGGUGGUGGGCGCCCCCCACCCCAGCGCCUCUGCCCACCUGGCCCCUCAGGCGGGGAAGACCCUGCUCCGGAAGUGUCUGGUGCGUGUGUCCGGGGAGGCUGCCCUCGAGUUGCCUGUCAAGGCCCCUGCCCCAUCCUGCCUGGCCCCUGCUCACUCCCUCCAUGCUUUGUCUCCCAAGCCAGCCCUUGCCCUCAGCCCAGCCUCCCGGGUCAGUAUUAUCCACUCAGAUGGCGGGAGCACAGCCCAAGGUGCAGGCCACUGAACCAAGGAUCCAGAGCAGGGUUUGGGACCGCCGGGCCUGGGCUGGAGCUCCGGCCUCCCCCGGCUGCUCCAAGCGUCAGGGCUCAGAAGCAGAGUCGAGAGCACGGGCUGGAGGAAAGGCAGUGAUGGGGCGAGAGGUGGCCGAGGGCUGUGUGGGUUCUGUGUUGUCUGUUCAUCCUAGGCCUUCCCCAUGAUCCAUUUUCCUCUUGGCGCUUCUGGUGUGUCAGCUGAUUCUUCCUGUGAGAGAGCGAAGCCAGGCCAGCUCAGCGCUGGGAUGGGGAGCGCUGGCGAGCCCAGGUCCUGGCAGGAGAAUCUGCCAGUCCCAGGACAGGCAUGGGGACUCCAGUCUUCUGAGAUGAGGUCCCCACAGUCGGGAAAAUGGGACUAGACUCAGGCAUCCUCAGCUUGUUUGAAAAGCCAGAGGCCAUAACUGCCCCUGGAGCUUGCCCUGAGCUUCUCUGGGGGCCUCGGGCCCAACUUCUGCUUUGCACUAUGUUCCCUUUGGGGCUUGGUUCUCACCCACCCCAGGACUCCAUGAGGUGGUCACCUGCUUUUGGCGGGGAGGGUUCCCAAAUCUCAGGCCUUUAUGCCUCUGUGGGGAAUUUGGGCAGGAUGAAUCCAAAUGAGAUACUAAAGCCAUGAUGUUCAUCCAGGCCAAAGCAGGGUGCCCUGGGAUGUGGUUCCCAGGAGGUGGUGGGCGGGCGGGAGACCUGCAGCCUUGCCCUGCUCCCAGCCAAGCCCCAGGCUGCCCAAGAAGGUUCACUGUCACCACCUCCCAUCCCAGGACCACACAUGGGUCCUUCAGCAAAGCUGCUGACAUUGUAAGUUUACCAUUCUUACUUUAUAAAGAGAACCGGCUCCCCUUCCCCAUCAGGGGUUACGUCCAUCUGGCCAUUCCCCCACUUUUCAGGAGCCAAGGCUCCACAUCCGGGGCAGGUGGUGGGGCCCUGCGCCUUACCCCUCCGGCCUGGGGUCCACCCUGCUUUCCUGCCAAGGUUGCUCGCCAUCCCCACCCCUGCUGCUCGGCCAGGCCUUGCCUGACUCUUGGGGUCUGCCUCCCCCUCUGCACGCUCCUGCUCUGGGGGAGCGCCUGCAUGCACUGGAAGCGGGCAGCCGGCCCAGCCACUGGGGCGGAGAGCUCCCCUCUGCCACGUGCUUGUGCCUCCAAAGCUCCCACCUCAGUCAGUGCCCCUUUGUGGAGCGGUUCCACCCAGCUGAACCAAACUCUAAUGCCUGGGGGCCUGGCCAGGCUACCCCACAGGACGCUGGGGUCGUGACAUGGAGGGGGCAGCGGACAAAACCCAAUCCAAAGCCGGGCCAGGGCUAGCUGUGGACUCAGCCUCUUGGGCCAUGUACUCAUGGCACUGCAUAGUGUCUCAGAGAUCUUCACAGGAAUUUUCACAGAGAAAAUAAAUGUAUUGCUGUAUCUGGUGACAUAAAAUCUAUAUAUUUUCACCACUGGAAUUCAAUCGAGCCACGUAGCCCCUCUGCUCCUGUCUGCGUCUUGCUGUCCCGUGGCCUUCCUUUGUGUCUUGUGUUUUUGGGGGAUGUGGUCAAGGCUGCGGCCGUGGUCUGCGCUGUCCCUGAUAUGGAGAAGCCACUAGUGAAGGGCUGUGGUUGGGCCCCAGGUCUGGAGAGGAGGUUAGUGGGGGACCAGCUGCAGCCCUCUCUCCUGCCCUGGCCCAAGACCUGCCUGUGGGGAUCACUAGAGGCCUCAGCCCACAGCGUUUCUUUUGGGGGGGUCUGGUAGGGCUGCCGGAUGGCUUCUCUUCAUCUUAUCAGUGUAGGGGUGCCUUGCAGACCCCAGCCCUGGGACAGACCUGGGACCCACUUUGCCAGGGUCCCAGCCCGGCCUGCCCAGCCCCAGCGUGGCUGUGUGUGUGCUCAGAAUCCCGCAUCUAUGCAAAGGGAGCAGCGAGGCCUGGGGCUCCGGGCAGCAGGGGUGCGGCAGGCCUGUGGGCUCAGGCCCCAAGCCCUGACUAUGCAAGGGCCCUGAAUGGGAGGGUGGGCUGGGAGGCAAGGCCAGGGCCCUCGGGGCCUCCCUUUGGGAGUGCUCAUCCUCCAAAGCUCCCCUUCUCCUUCCUGCUUAAUACUUUCUCCUUUGGGCUGUGACCUUUCCUUCCUGCUCUUGGCUUCUGGAGCAGAUCUCUGUGGGAUUCCCGUCCUCAGCCUCCAGCCGGAGCUGAUUCAGUCCUGUGGGACCUUCUGGUCCCUUGAAUCAGGCGGCCUGAGGCAGCUUCUCCUUGGUUGAGGACGUGGGGCACAAGGGGCCUCGCUGCCUCUCUCUCUGGUCCAGGCUCGGGAGUCGGGCUGGGCCUCGAGUGGGGUUUCUGCCAGUUAUCUCCCAAGGGGAUAACAGCUUUUCCCUGGAACACCCUUCCCAACUGCCACUGACACGGGGGUCUCUGACAGCACCCUGGGGAGGGGUGGGGCACAUUACAAGGUUCCGGCACCACCCGAGGUGCCUCUGCCCAGGGAACUCACGAACACCCACCCCCUCUGAUCUCGGGGGAUUAUGCGAGCGAGCCGCAGAAUGUUCUGAUGUUGGGGCCAUCCCCUUGACAGCGAAUUCAUGGCGGUCUGGGAAGGGGAGGGUGGGGAGUCUUCACUCUUGUCUCCUUUGUCCAUUUGUUCAGACAGAGUUGUACCGGCAGCAGACAGCUCUGAAUUAAAGCAUG